ACACAUGGCAAUUUUCUGACGUUGCAGUGUCCAAAAUAGUUUAAAAAGUUUUAAUAAAACCUACUUUAGGAUGGAGAAGUUCCAUUCACUCAAAUGUCUUCAGCAAGAAGCAGUUCGACUGAAGACCUUCAGAGGCUGGCCGAAAACGUCCAUGAAAAUCGAGAGCUUCGCACAAGCCGGCUUCUACUAUCUCCAUUACCAAGAUUACGUGCAGUGUUUCUUCUGCCGAGGAGUUGUUGGUAUUUGGAACGACGCUGAUUUGCCUCUUGAGGAACACCGCCGACAUUUCCCCAAGUGUCUUUUCCUCGCCUGUCCUGAUGCCACAGGCAACAUUGCGAUGGAUUCGUCUCCAUUGAGCGUCCUCAUGAACGAGUUCCUGACGUUCAAGCUCCACUACCACAAGCCGCCAUUCCCCAGGUUGACUGACCGAUGGAUAACUAUUAUAUCAAAAAUUGAUUCUGACCGAACCCGAGAAGAUGAAAGACAUGGUUCCAUGAGACUUCCACAAUAUGCAACUUCCAAAACCCGUCUUGACUCCUUCAACAGCGCCCGAAAAGGCGUACUUCCAGACCACAAAGUUAUGUCUGAAGCGGGGUUCUUCUAUACCGGAGUGUCAGAUUUUGUGGUGUGCUUCCACUGCGGAGGAGGGAUAUUCAACUGGACGCCAUCAGACGAUCCGUGGACACAACACGCGCUCUGCUACUCCUUCUGCCCGCACCUCGCCCUCCACCCUGACAUGUGGCGCCCUCAGCUCCUGCAGCCAGCGCCUCACAUCCCCAGACGAAGUCCUAAACUCAGUCAGCAGGAGAUACUCGUCCUCAUGGAGGCACCGUUAGCUAAGAAAGUCCUGGCGCUUGGAAUGCAGCGUGACCUGGUGAGAGGCGCGUUCACACAUAUAGUUGAAGAACGAGCUGCCCUGCCGCUCAGUGAGACCGAAGCGCUGGAACUUGUCUCUCAGUAUGCUAACAAGCAGCCGAUGGAAGUUGAUGAUAAAUCCACGGAGGAACUUCACCGUCCUGAAUCUCGGAUGAGCGAGAGGACAUAUCCAGGCUCAGGAGCGGAGUCUUUAGGUGCAGCGUUCAGUAUCCGGCGAGAUGAUUUCUCUGGAACCAAUUCACAUCAGUCUGGCCAUACCAGGGAGCCCAUAGACUCGGAGACUUCGAUCGCGUCGGCGAGCCAGGGCGAGAACUUUCUUAGGCCUUCAGUGGAGAUUCUUUCUUCUUCUCGCGAUCAAAGAAACCCCUCGUAUUCUAAUCGCCCAGGCAGCAUCAAUGGACAGCAGCUCUUUUUUGACAAUCGUCCAUGCACCUCAGACCAGAGGCAUGUGAUGCCGAUAAAAAUAAUAGCGCCAUUUGAGCAAUGGACCAUGCCAUUAGGUUCUACCAGCCGGCAGAACUGGCAUACUCCGUCACUCGAAGCGAUGCCAGGCCUUUCAACGGCUCAUACACAUAAAAUGGUGGCUGUUGGUUUCGCUCCAUCGCAGCAAGGAUCGUUGAGUAUGGUGCAGGGUGACCCUAAAUUUAGCGGCAGACCUGGCGCCACAUACCUUCAACAUCCGAAAUAUGGAUGGAAUUUACCGGAAACUGAAAGGCCAUAUUCUGUAGAAGCUUCAUCAGUAGCAAGUUAUGACAGUCAAUUUCGUGAUGAUCGCAGUGGACAGAUCCAAUUUGAACGAAAUUUGCAACGAAAUCGAUUUGAGCGACCACAGCACAGGUCGCUGGGCAGCAGCAGCUCGGUCACUGAGAGCGACGUCAAGGAACUUGCUGGACGAGUGCAAGAAAUGCGGCGCACGGUGCAGCAAUGGCGCCGACGCCUGUCCUGCAGAAGUUGUGAUGGCAGCUCCCCUGCCACAGUGAUGGUGCUGCCCUGCCACCACCUGCACCUCUGCAACACCUGCUUCAUAGCUAGGCCUUCUUGUCCGACAUGUGAAGCUCCUAUUCGAGGCACCGUCUUACCCAUGAGGGAGGCAUUCAUUUAUUAAUUACUUAGCAUAUUAUCUUGGCAUAAAUGACCCAAUCGUCGAUAGAGUAGUAGUAGAGCCACACAAUAGAACCAAAGAUCUAAAAAAAACACCAAAGAUCGACAAAACGACCCUAUAAAUUUUAGCCUGUCUAUCAAAACUAUAUACGGAUCGAAUCGCCGGAUUGGGUUGAAGAAUUAAGGGCCCAUCCGGAAAACCUUGCGGCUACAGCGGCAGGCAAAGCACUCACUUGUAGCGGGAAUCGCAGAAGCUCGGAGCCAGAGAGAUGAGAUCAUGAGAAAAUUAAGUGUUAUUAGACAUAGAUACAAUAUUAGUGUUAUGAUAUUGUAAACCGACCUCAGUGCAGGAGUAUCUCGGCAGGAGAGCCCUUAAAAUUAAACUUUGCCUUUCUAUAUUUGAAGAGUCUGGCAUUUAGGGCAGACCUGUAAAACUCCAAAAAUUCUAACUAUAUCAAAAUGUAUAAUAAAUUGGAUCGAUCGCACCCGUACAAAUCGUCAACGAAAAAAACAUCCACUUCUCGUGAUAUAUAGAAGAUCUGACAAAAAAAAUUCAAUAACCCAACUUUCCACUGUUAAGAAUUUUUUAAUAUUGCUUUUUGUAAUAGAACUAUAUAGAACUAUAGAAGAACUAAUUUUGACGCUAUACUUAACAGGGCUGGAUCAUAAAAAAAUUAUGGAGAAAAAAUUGAGAGUAUUUUCCAAAACAGAGAAAUUUUUACAUUUGCUACUUGUAUAGAAUGUGAUUUAUCAUUUUAACUCGAACCUCUAAUAAUUAUAUUUAAAAUAUUAGGAUACGUAAUUUGAUAGUUGAAAAACAUGUUACUCCGGAGAUCUUGUAAUAGCCCCGGGUGUUUCUUUACGAAGUCCAGGAUGAGCUUGAGUCUUCUUGUUUCCUAGAAAAAUUUAUUGUUUCCUAGAAAUUACAGCCCGCACCUUUUGAAGUAUGACCUAUAGAGACAUAUAUAUCCCAGUAUAUAAGGAUUUUAGCAUACUUCUGGAGAAAAAAAUGAUACAUUAAUUCAUAUCACCAAAUAUUUCUUGUCAGAGCGUUCGCACAUAAUGGAGGGAAAAAAUUGGAUGGUAUUGAGGAAAUAAUAAAUGGUAAAUUAAG